AUGCAGGCCAGCGGGGGUGCCGAGGGGGAGCUGGGAGGCGAGGGGGAGCGGGAGCCCCUGAACCCGGAGGCGGCGGACACGCUGGGGGUGUCCCCCACCUACCGGGAGUUCGUGCGGCACAGCUACCUGGAGCUGAUGGGUGCCAACCAGCACUCGCUGCACGCCCUCAACUGGCGGCGUCUCUACCUCAGCCGGGCUAAGCUCAAGGCCUCGAGUCGCACCUCAGCCUUGCUCUCCGGCUUCGCCAUGGUGGCGAUGGUGGAGGUGCAGCUGGAGGACUAUGACUACCCGCCGGGGCUGCUGAUAGCCUUCAGUGCCUGCACGACGGUGCUGGUGGCCGUGCACCUCUUCGCCCUCAUGGUCAGCACCUGCAUCCUGCCCAACAUCGAGGCCGUCAGCAACAUCCACAACCUCAACUCGGUCAACGAGUCGCCCCACGAGCGCAUGCACCGCUAUAUCGAGCUGGCCUGGGGCUUCUCCACCGCCCUGGGCAUCUUCCUCUUCCUCACCGAGGUGGUGCUCAUCUGCUGGGUCAAGUUCAUGCCCGUGGCCGGCGGCGGCUGGGACGCCGCCGUGGCCUCCACCGUCAUCAUGGUGCCGGUGGGGGUGGUGUUCGUGGUGUUCGCCCUCCACUUCUACCGCUCGCUGGUGAGCCACAAGACCGACCGGCACCAGCAGGAGCUGGAGGAACUCUGCAAGAUUAAGUACCAGCUGGAUGGAGAGGCUACCGCGGUACAAACUGUGUGA